CAUUUCAGUACAGUUAAACGUAGCUACCGUUCAUGAAGGCAAGCUGCCGUGCAGACGUCUCGAGAUAAACAUCCAAUGCCUUAUGAAUAGCCUUUGCUCGGCUCGAACUGUUGUCGCAUUGGAAUCGUAUCGCACAAUUCUGGAACAAAAACACAAAUGUGACUUUCAACUUGACAGACUAAUUCCGAAUUGCUCGAUUCGCCCCUUCCCUGAGGUCGGCAGGUCAACAUAAUCACGCUGAUCACAUUUCUUGGCAGGGGGAUCGGAUCGACGAUUCCGCAGUUAUCAAGCGAACCUUGCAUGGGCUUUCGAGGUAAAAAUAGAACCCUGAACAUGCUGAAAACAGACGAACGUUUUGCUUGUGAAAUAACAGAUGGAAGCUAACUUUUGGAUCUCAUUAUUUUGAAUAACCAGGCUCUGAUUAAAUAAAUACAAGAGCACGCCAUGUAUGGACCGUAAUAACAGACCACUGGAUGAAUCAGCAGACAUGACUUCUGCCAUUGCCGAGCAAGCCAACGUGGGGAACGCAGGGAAACAAGGUGUAGAAAUCAGCUUUCGAUUUCCAAGGAUACCAUGCACAAAGUACAAUGUCAUAGGAAACUCCAAAAUGAGGGUGAGAAGAGAGCAAAGGCAUAGGGAUCAUAAAGAAUCUGUCUGGAGGGUGCCGAAAGCAGUACAAGCUAAUCUUGACGCGAAGGUAUCAGAGAUGCCCCACGCAGACAGAACGAAUGGUUUGGCCAAAGGUGCAGUAUACGGAAAGCGUCGACGCCCGUUCAGGCAGCAAGAGAGCUUGAAUUCCCACGACAAAUCCAGUUUCUAUGCCGCGAGGUCCGAGGACAGUUUCAAAGAUUUUGAGAUCAACCAUACUCCGAGAAUGGUCACACUUGUAGAUGAACGGUUCAAGACUGAGAAGAGGUACAUUGCUAGAUUCUAUCGACAACGCAGUAGUGCCCUGUUGAGUCCAAUUCACAAGAAACGUCCUUCUAGGACUGUAUCUAUUUCGUUGCCGAGCGUAGUCCAGGAAUACGACUUGACCGACCCAGGUAAAGGUGACCGACCAGGUCCUGCAAAGGAAAAACCGAUAUCCAUGAUCCAGUUGGACAAGUACCACUCGAAAGAUUGCCUGUACUGUGAUGUCGCUGGACAGAAAUACUGCAGUGAGUGUAGACGAAAACAUCGCCACAUCCGAAUAGCCGAAUCCAGCCCCGAUUCUCUGAAAUUCCCUAAGUUACCAUCUUGCCACGUACAGAAACACAAUCAUGGGGCGCCCUCUACCGAACCAAUGAAUGAUAACGGAGGUAAGCAAGCAGGGAGAAUGCAAGGACACCGUUAUCGAGAGCGGAGAGCGUCACCUGCCCUUGACGAGCCUCCUGCUCACUUCAAAGGGUAUGCGAAAGGAAAUGUAAGGAAACAAAAGACGAAGUAUACAAUACUUCCGAGGAUUGACCUGCCAAAAAUUACAAACGAUACUGAUACUAGGCGUUUUUAAGGAAUGAUCUGUGGAUUUAUAUUUGAGAUAUCAUCCUUAGCACUUUUUCAAGGUGCGCCCUAAGUCAUGCUGUGAACACUAACUGCAUCAGAAUGGAAGUGUCCCAACUCUUCACCUGAUACUACAUUCUAGACGCAACCAUCAAUUUGUUAUGCCUAAGGAAAGCUGGUUCAUACAAUAUUUUUACAUGAAAAAAAUCGGUUAUUAUUUGUUUGUCAUGGCUAAUCAAAUUUUUGUUUUGAUUCAAAAGUGUUUUGAAUAUGUUUGGACCAGCCACCCGAAAACAAUAAUUAAGUAGCCAUGGUCAAAUGAUUAAUUUGAUCUUCAAAAAGCAAGAACUGAAAGAAAAACAAAAGAGGUUUAUCUGAGAGAGUGGGGGGUAAUUUUUCUUUUUCGUACUGUCAGAAUUUGAAGUUAUAAAGUUUAAUAUUAACAAUAUACAAAAGUUUCUUUGACAAUAUUUUUUGUGGACUGCUUGAAAGUUUAAUUGAGAUUGCACAAUGAGCAUAUCUCAAUUGAGUGAAUCGCAAUUGUCAUACAUUGUUCCCACCCCCUCCCUCUAUAUUUUGAAGCUUUCGCUUCGUCCGCAUUCAAUCAAGUACUUGUGUAGGUUAUUGCUGAUCAAUUUGACAAGUUAUACAUAAUUGUAUAGCUUGUUAUGGUUUUUAAAAUUCAAUUUAUUGGAUCUCUGAGAAUUCUCUUUUUCUUAGGGGGGUUUUGGGGAUAGCUAGUCACACACUUGCACACGAUGUGCCCCUCCAAAAUGUUACCAGUGUGUUAACCUCCAUUGUGAAUUAUACAAAGCUAUGGUCCAUCUUCAAUAAUGGAAAAUGCUCAAAUACACGAAUUUUUGUAGAGCAGAUAUCGGCUGUGCUCAACAACGCAUUGUGAAACACACUAUGUAAUUUGUCGUGUGUUUUCUUUCAAACUGGGUUAAUACAGUUGUUGUGUACAUCCAGUUUAAUUCUAUCAGUUUUUGAUGCUCCGCAUGGAAAUAUAAAAAACAAACAAAUAUAAAUCAUUUUUUUGCGAUAAUCUGACAAAAAAAUAUUUCCAUGUACGACUUUGUACCUUGGUCUCCCUUGGCAUUGUGUAUAGGCCUGUGGUUGUGAGCUUGUAACUGUUGUUGUGUUUGUUAUGAGCAACAUUUUUAUUGGAAUGAUUUUCAGUUUAUCUCUUCUUUUUUUUCUCGCAAUACUUUUGCGGCACGUUUCAAGAUAUUUUUUGGAUUAAGUACAAAUUUGCGACGUCAGGAUACGCUGUUUUUUUGUACAUGAAUGGCGGCCAAACAUUGAUUAGUGAUUCUGUGUACUUAAUCAAUUAAAACUGCUUUUUCACCAAAUAUCAUGAAUGCAAUAGAUUAUGAUUACUGUAUCUUUUUUUGGUUAUUGAUAUAUUGAAAUUAUUUCAUGAAAAUCCACAAAAAACAAGGAUAUGAUGCGGAUUAAUACAACAUUUUUUUUUUAAUAACAACAUCUCUUAAAAAUAUGUUUUACAGCGCCAUCUGCGGUGAAGACACAAUAGUUUCAUAUACUACUCAAGGAUGAAAACCGUGAACAACCAUGGAUCAACCAUAGAGCUAAAUAGCUCCAUGGAUCAACGUUGACUAAUUAGAUAAAUUCAAACCGGACGGGGGUACGGCAUAUAGUUUAACAUAUUUUCAGCUGAAAAUUGAAAAAAAUGUAUCUGUUACUACAUAAGUUAAACUAUACUGCUGCUGCUUCUUCUACUAGUAAUACUACUACUGCUGCUGGUGGUGGUGGUACUGACAAGAACAAGGAAAAGAAUAACAAUAAUAAUGACAACAAUAAUAAUAAAAGUAACAACAGCAACAACAAUAAAAAUAAUAAUAAUCAUCAUCAUCAUCGAAUAAUUUUAUUAUGUUUAUAUCAUAAUAAGUAGUCAAUAUAUCAUAUGAAAAUAUGUGGACUUACCAGUAUCUUCCUUCGUGAUGGGUCCGAAGUAAUUAAAUAUUUUCCAGAAGGCAUAUAAACCAAAUCGAUGUGUAAAAAUGAGGUAAUGAUCUCGCAGGCCUUUGUGAUGUCGACUUGGAGAUGAUUUCGGCGAUGAGAUGAAUACUACCCAAGGUUGUUGUCAACGAAUUCUGCAUAAUUCCAUACAAUAUCAAACCAAAGUGGAUCUUCCCCACAUGUAAAAACAAAGGAGAGAGAAAAUGACUCGGUGUUCAAAGAGUGUUCCAAAAAGUACUGGGAGAAUUUUGGUUCAGGAUUAUACACGAAGUUAUAGCUUGCCUAUAAAAAAAAAUAGUUGAUCACAGAUCCAAUAAUAAAUCCUACAUAGGCACUGGGCGUUGUGGUGUGCGCCUGUAAUCCAAGCUGCGUGGGAAGUUACAAAUUGAUUCAGAGGUUUGAGGUUCAACCCUGGUCACAUCUUUCGGAUGGUGACGUAAAAGGUCGGUCCAGACGUAAAUAAUCAUAUCUGAUUGACACACGUCUGUAACAACUCACACACACAUACACACCCAUGUCUUUCAAUCCCCCUGGACUUGACAUUUACCAGACUCAUUAACUCAACUUUUGCAGUGAUACCUGCCGAUCUCCGAACAGCGGAGGAACUGAAACGAGAGAGAGAGCAGCGAUAUCAUGGAUGUGUAGUACAUUCUAUGUCUGGAAGCUGGUCAUCCAAGCGUUUGUAUAGACAUCCGUCAGAGUAACGAUCAUGAUCAACGAACCUCCAUCAACUGAAUAAAAAACCCUUUUCACACAUUCA